UACUCCAAUUAUUUUAUAAAAUCCUUCACACCUUUCUUUAUAUUUCACAUAACAACAGUAUUUGGUGCUGAAGUAUUGGUCAUACAGAAGUAAAAAGUAAAUCAUCUAGAGGUCAAUCCCUUUAGAACAAGGUAGGUUCUUCAGGGACCCUGUUCAGACAGCAUACAGUUCUAAUCCUUCACCUGGUAACAUAACCCUUUAGGUUGUCUGUUUCUCUAAGACUGCAGCCAUGCAAGUAAUUAAUAGCCAAAGUUUGUUAAGCGCAUUAUCUUGUUUGGUUUGUAGUCUUAUUGAGUCGGGCUUGUACAGACAGCACUACUCUAGUACUAGACUUAAAUAAUUAGAGAUUAAUGCUUUAUAUUGCAACACGUUAUCUAAUAUGAUAUUAAGAGUAAUGGCUGCUGAUGCUUCAGGCUUACUAAUGGCCCAGCUACAUCCCAAAUUCUCAUGAUCUUUAUACCUAGAGAAUUUAUUUAAUUACCUUUCUUUAAUUUCUCUAUUAUAAGAACUUUAAAGUAAUGGUUAACUUUAAUCAUAUCAAGGGUGCUUCUUCUGGAGGAGUUAUCUUGCUUCCUGAUGCAGAAACACAGACUUCUGGUGCAGAGGCAGCUGCAUGUGGUCGCUUGUCUUCAUUGUCCUCUGUUUCUGAUAAAGUUUACAGUGAUCAGGGAAUGCCGGCUUCUUUUCGAGUUCCUGCUGGGGCUGUUUUACCAUAUGGAUCCAUGGAAUUGGAGCUAGAGAAUAGUAACUGCACUGAAAUAUUUAGGUCGUUGUUGGAAAAGAUAGAAACUGCAAAACUAGAGGGUGGUGAGCUUGAUGAACUAUGCCAUCAACUGCAGCAAUUGAUUUCUUCCUUGAAGCCAUCAAAAGAUGUGAUUGAAAGCAUUGAGAGAAUGUUUCCAAGCAAUGCACGAAUGAUUGUUCGUUCCAGCGCCAACGUUGAAGACUUGGCUGGAAUGUCAGCUGCUGGACUCUACGAAUCAAUACCCAAUGUUAGUCCUUCCAAUCCAACAGUUUUUGGAUCUGCAGUUAGCCAAGUGUGGGCUUCGCUAUACACACGGCGGGCAGUUUUGAGUCGCAGUGCUGCUUGUGUGCCAUACAAGGAAGCUUCCAUGGCAGUUUUAGUCCAAGAAAUGCUAAACAAAUUGAUUGGAAAUUCUAAAUAAUCGAUUGAAUUGUAAGAAAUCUACAUUUGAGUCAUACUAAUCGAUUGAUCUAUAUGAAAACCAUAUUGCCUUGCAAUUUUCAAUCGAUU